AAACCAGUACGGGUUCGACUGACUGGAUUCAUCAAUUUGUACACAAAUAACGUGGUGGGGAGGAUAGCAGCAUAUCUGCAGACUUUGUAUAUAUAGUCCACCGACUGUGUCCAACAGUCAUCAUUCAACGGGAUCACUUCCAAUAAUCAACACUAAACAUGAAAUUCGCAACAGCACUAGUCACUUUGGCCGUCGUAGCCCUCGUCCGGGCCGAUGCGUCCAGCAGCGAAAAGAAAACGACCAAACACGAAAAGAGAAGUUUGGGCGAGUAUGGAUUGGGACUUUCCGGUCUCGGCUACAGUUCUGGUCUCGGCUACGGAUCUGGUUUGGGCUACAGCUCCGGUUUGAAAUACGGUUCUGGUCUGAGCUACGGCUCUGGUCUGAGCUACGGUUCCGGUCUGGGAUACGGUUCCGGACUCGGCUAUGCUUCCGGUUUGGGCUACGGUUCCAGUCUAGGAUACUCUGCUGCCGCUGCCGCUCCCUUACCAACAACUGGCCCAAUUGUUCCGAUCUCCAAGGAAGUGCACAUCAUCAACCGACACGCACAACCAGUGUCCGCCCCAUACCCAGUACCAGUAACCCACGACGUACCCGUCCCAGUACCACAUGCAGUGCCCUACCCGGUUGACAAACCAUACCCAGUCCAUGUACCCGCUCCAUACCCAGUUCCAGUCGAAAGGCCCGUUCCAUACGCAGUCGACAGGCCCGUUCCUCAUCCAGUGCCAUCUCCUUACCCAGUACCAGUAGUCCGUGACGUACCAGUUCCAGUGUCCAGGCCAUACGCAGUUCCAGUAGUUAAACAAGUUCCAGUGCCAGUAGCCACUCCAGUCGUCGUGCCUGCUGUCAGCCAUGCAGCACCAUUAGUCGCUUCCAGCUAUAGCACCGGACUUGCAUCGUCCGCAAUUGGCUACGGUUCCGGUUACGGAAUUGGCCACGUCAGCCCAUCAAUCGGUUACGGACUUGGAUCUUCUGCCAUCGGUUAUGGUGCAUCUUCAUACGGUGCUGGUAGCCUUUACAGUGGUUCUUUGGGAUACAGUAGCCUAGGUCAUUCUUCAUACGGACACGGUAUCCACGAUUACAAGAAAUAAAACACUUGAAUGAUUCGCCUACCCUGCAGCACUACACUGCAACUGACGACGAAUAUGCUUAGAUUUAAAUUUUACCGUGUAUAUUGUGUAUACACAUAUUAUGUUCUUAGAUAAUUAUUUCAAUUUUGUUUUUAUUUUUCAAUUUUGUUGAUAACCGAUAGUUAUUGACUGACAUCAAAUACAUAAUAAAUGUUUUUAAUGUAUUA